CGCUCAAUCGUCUCUUCCAUCUCAAUCAUGCCUGGCUCCUGGUUCACUGAGGACAAGAACAAGAACCUGAACAUCAACAUCAACGACUCCCUACCCGGCUGCCACGACAUGUCUUCCUACCACGCUGUCACUGUCUCCAGCAGAAGGCAUCUGCACAUCAGUCGUCAUGCCAGCCUACAGGGUCCCCCAAUGCCUUACGAGGAUCUUCCGGAGACCUACUUCGCCGGCCACUCAGGUCGAGCGACAAACAUGAACAAAGUCUACAGCCAGACCUACAUGUACAUCUGCUGCAACUGCGGCGACGGGCCGAAAGUAUACAAUGUCCAACCGAGAUGCACAGAGUGCAACCACAUUGUAUGCUCCAGUUGCAAGCCUGUCAAGUAGUACCUCAUCUCCAGCACAACAACUAGGUAAGAACUUCUGCCGCUGUACCGAUACUGAGAAGCCGAAGCUGAUGCGUUGUGCUUACAGAAAUUCAGGAUGGCUGUGCCUGCCUGCUGUAUAUUGUAUUUGGAUUGGUUCUCGGUUUGGUUGUCAUCGUGAGCGAAGCAUUAUUAUGGAUACAUCAU